UUCCCUCUGUUACUCACUAAGCCAUAUUUUUUUUCAAAAUGAAAAUACAGCGUGUACUGCCUAACUAAAAACAUCCUGAAUGUGGCUUUCACAGAUUAUUCUGGAAGGGCAAUGAAACCAAACACGGCGGGGCAAGAGCGAUUCAAUAACAUUCCCAUCUGCAUAAUAACGCUGCAAAUGGAUUCGUUGUAAAUGGUCGAUUGUAACUGUGUUGAUGUUUGCUUCGAUGCAAUUUCAGGUGGGGAUGAUAAUGGAAAUACAGUGGGAAGCUUUUCCCAGCAUUCCAGCUAUAGUAUCCUUCCAAUAAAUCUUGGUCAAGUCUCGUGGCAUUGCAGUGUUUACAUAAAAAGACUAUUUAAACACAUCAAUACCCUUUAAAAGAAUGCAGUUAUCACGGCUGUUUUCAGUCAUAAAAAAAUCUGACCAUGUGAAUUUACAAAAAUAAGAGCAUUUGCCUUGAGCAUUUUUAAGUUAGUGCACAAAACAUGGGCGCGCCUGACCUCGUUAUAAAAUCGACCUUUUGUUGAAUAAAUGCCUUAAUAUACUGUUUCUACAGUCCGUAUAGUAUAAGAAUCUACAGUGAUUGUCUGUAACGAGUUUCUGCUCAACGAUUGUAGAUGUUUUGUUGCUUUUAAGGGGCAAAACGGUCUGAAUGUGUCAUAUUUGUCAGUAUUAACUUGGUACAUUGGCUUUUGAUUGCAACACAUGGCAAUGUUUGCAAUGCAUGUGUCACUGUAAUGCACCUUUAAAGACUCACAUACAUCCUAAUGUCCAUUCUCGUUGCAUAGACCGGAUUGUUGGAUUUGCUCCCACUGAGAAUUGUCAAUAUCAGAUUAUACGUGUUUCUUUAUAUCUGCCUAAAUAUGAAGAGCUUCUGGUUUAAAUGUUCGUGUGUGUGAGUGUGUGUGCGCGCGCGCGCGUGUGUGUGAAUGUGUGGUGGGGGCGUUCUCACUGACAUCCUCAAACAAUACGAGAAAGAGGAGUGCACGAAUCCGCGCACACCAGGCUGGGCUCCUUCCUUGUAAUACUGAGCGUCAGCCAUUCUUAAAAAACACAUUUUGUAGCUUAGUAGAGUGGACUGGAGGGGCAAGAGGAGGAUAAACUGAGCGGACAAAGAUGUAAAUAAAAACAGUUGUGCCCCAGCUGAGCGAGGCGAUCUUCACCAGAGUUUUUGGAUCAAUCAGGCAGACAGGGGCUUCUUUUGAUUAAACCCCAAAUUGUCAUUGGGCAGAGGUAAUCAUGUGACAGGCAAUUCGGUCCAAUUUCAACCUUGUCUCCAUGAAUUCAAUAGUUUAAUAGUGGCUUGGUCCCCAUACGGCCGUAAUGAGUGAAAUAGAAAAAAAACAACACCUGGAGAUUUUUUAAAUGAUUUUUUCUUUCUCGUCCUCGUUGAGCCGCAACAUUUAUAAAAAAUACGCGUGCAAACUUUCCUCGGCUCUCAGGGAGCGGAGAUGAAUUACGAAUUCGAGCGAGAGAGCGGUUUUAUCAAUAGUCAGCCGUCGCUUGCUGAGUGCCUGACAUCUUUCCCCCCUGUCGCUGAUUCAUUUCAAAGUUCAUCAAUCAAGAGCUCGACGCUUUCACGCCCGACACUGAUUCCUCCUCCCUUUGAGCAGACCAUUCCUAGCCUGAAUCCGGGCAGCCAUCCGCGGCACGGCCGGCCCAGACACAGCCCCGAUGGAUGCAGCCCGCUGCCCACCGCCUCUUUACCCCCGGAAUACCCGUGGAUGCGGGAGAAGAAAGCCUCCAAGAGGAAUCACCUGCCAACCUCCACUGCUACUACCACCAUUUCCAACGGACCAGUGUGCUUUUCUCCAAAAGGCUCGCCUGAGAUUGUGGAAAACGGUGGGGGAGGAGGGGGCUCCCGUCGGCUGAGAACAGCUUACACCAACACACAGCUGCUGGAGCUAGAGAAGGAGUUCCAUUUUAACAAGUAUCUGUGCCGGCCAAGGAGGGUGGAAAUAGCGGCCUUGCUGGAUCUGACCGAGAGACAGGUCAAAGUGUGGUUCCAGAACCGGCGUAUGAAACACAAGCGGCAGACCCAGAGCAAGGAGAACCACAACGGGGAUGGGAAAGGGCAGAUCACCGAGGACGGCAUCCACAGCGACGAGGAGGACGAGGGACCCUUGUGUGAGCAGAGCGGGGCCCUGUUGGAAAGAGAUACCUGCUCCUUUCAGAACAACGCGCAGCAGCUCCACAAUGGAGAGUCCACAAGCUUUGCUGCCGCGCCGCUGAGCAGCAAUGACAAAAAUCUGAAACAUUUUCCCAACCCGUCACCCACUGUUCCGGGCUGCAUGUCAACAAUGGGCCCCGGAUCGGCAUCUGGCCCGGACAAUGGUGACAGCCCCUCGGCCCUGGAUGUUUCUUUACACGAUUUUCAACCUUUCUCCUCGGAUUCCUGCCUACAGCUCUCAGAUGCAGCUUCGCCGAGUUUGUCAGAGUCUCUGGACAGCCCCGUGGACAUCUCCGCGGACAGUUUCUAUUUUUUCUCGGAGUCUCUAACCACAAUCGACCUGCAGCAUCUGAACUAUUAACUAAAAUCACUCACACUUUUUUAAAUGUGAUAUCAGGCUACAACGGUAUUAACUCUGAUGUUAUUUGUGUAUUCGGCACAUUUAUUAUGUUGAUAUUUGACUUGACGGUUAAUACAAGGUAAGGAAUAAAUUAAAUCACUGAAAUAGCUGUACUGAAAGUGACUGAAUUACCAUUACAACCUGAUAUUUUGGAAUGGAAAUUAUGAGUGUGUGAAUGAUUCCUCAGUAUUAGGCCUAUGGAACCUGCUCAUUUUUAUUUUUGUAUAGCUUCCAAUGUCUUGGAUAUUUUUGUUAGAAUACAAUUAACUUGAAAAAAACUUUAAUCUGCUGUUUGAGUUUUCCUUUUUGCAUUUGUGUUUUUUUCCUUUUCUUAAAAUAUGCAUGUAAGAAAUAUAUUAAAUUAAAGAAGAAGAAAUAGAGACGGAGGAUAUGCAAAUUUCAAUUAACAACAGGUUGGCUAUGGCUAUCAGUAGUCCAGUUUCAAAUAAGCUAUUGAAUAUUACUUUUAAUAUAUAACUUAGUUUUAACAUAACGCAGGUUAUUUAGAAAGGUUUGCCUCAUUAAAAAAUAAUUAUAAAUAAUUAGCUUUCUUAAUGUAAGUUUUUAAUGGGUCAAUUUAUUCG